GUGCAGUAUAACCUUUUUUGCAGUAAAACAAUGGUGCGAAGCUGGUUCAUAGUUUAGAAAGUGCGAUUUCUCGGGCAUUUUAGCGCGUUUGCUUCACAAACCAUUGUGAUUAAAGCGCAGUUUGGAAGUGGCACGGUGAAAAGUGCUUCGUGGAUUUACUAAAACAACGGAAGCCCGCUGGAUCUUCUGAGUGCUUCGAUACUGCUUUUCAUGGCUUUUUUAGUGGCAGGACGAUUGUUAAAGAACAGACCUGAUAUAAAGAAAGUUAUGACCGCCUUCCAGCCUUACUGUUCAUCUGUGUCUUCGGGCCGGCAGCACGUUAACGGAGUGGAUCUGUACUACGAGCGCACAGGAUCAGGAAAACAUGCUGUGCUGCUGGUGCCUGGUGCUCUGGGAAGCACUCGGACUGAUUUUGGACCUCAGUUGAAGUCUCUCAAUAAGGAACGCUUCACUUUAAUUGGCUGGGAUCCCCGUGGUUAUGGGCAGUCCCGCCCCCCAGACAGAGAUUUUCCCCCCGACUUCUUUGAGAGGGACGCCAAGGACGCGGUGGAUCUGAUGAAGGCAUUGGGCUUUGGCGCGUUCUCUCUAUUGGGGUGGAGCGAUGGAGGAAUCAUUGCCCUGAUUGCUGCAGCCAAGAAUCCGGAGCUGAUCAGGAAGAUGGUCGUUUGGGGAAGCAAUGCCUUUGUUUCCCAGGAGGACGUGAACCUUUACAACAAGGUCCGCGAUGUCUCCAUGUGGAAUGUGAAGAUGAGGCAGCCCAUGGAGGAGGUGUAUGGAGCAGAACUUUUUGUUAAAACCUGGGAAGCCUGGGUGGAUGCAAUUGCCCAGUUCGUCAACAGACCACAAGGAAGCAUCUGCAUGGAGCUUCUACCGCUUAUCAGCUGCCCGACGCUCAUCGUCCACGGGGAGAAAGACCCUCUGGUGCCCAGGAUCCAUCCUCAGUACCUCCUCAAACACAUUGCUGGAUCACGACUGCACCUGAUGCCGGAGGGAAAACACAAUCUCCACCUGAGGUUUGCAGCCGAGUUCAACAAGCUUGUCGAGGACUUUCUGGAAGACUAAUCAGCACAAAGAACAGAUCGAUUGCUUUGUGGAGGAAGAAUAAAUCCAAUAUAUUAAAUGUGAAUAAAUAUUGAGACAGGUG